AUGAGGCACCGAAGGAAUGGCAAUUUCGAGAAUUCCAGGCUCCUGUAUUCCAGCAUGUCCCGCAGCAUAGACGUGGCCGGCAGCGAUGCCGAUUUGGCCAACUUCAUCCAAGAAAACUUUAAGAAGAGAGAAUGUGUCUUUUUUACAAAAGACUCCAAGUCAAUGGGAAACUUAUGUAAAUGUGGAUACCCUGAAAACCAACACAUAGAGGGCACUCAGGUUAACACCAGUGAGAAAUGGAACUACAAGAAGCACACAAAGGAGCUUCCUACCGAUGCCUUUGGGGACAUUCAGUUUGAAAACUUGGGAAAAAGAGGCAAGUACAUCCGCCUGUCGUGCGACACAGACUCCGAAACACUCUACGACCUCAUGACCCAGCACUGGCACCUGAAAACCCCAAACCUCGUCAUCUCUGUCACUGGGGGAGCCAAGAACUUCGCGCUCAAGCCCCGGAUGCGCAAGAUAUUCAGCAGGUUGAUCUACAUCGCCCAGUCCAAGGGGGCCUGGAUUUUCACCGGGGGCACUCACUAUGGGCUGAUGAAGUACAUUGGGGAGGUUGUCAGAGACAACACCAUCAGUCGCAGCUCGGAGGAGAACGUGGUGGCCAUUGGCAUAGCGGCCUGGGGCAUGAUUUCCAACCGGGACAGCCUCAUCCGCGCCGCCGACAGCGACGGAAACUACUUGGCCCACUACAUCAUGGAUGACCUCAAGAGAGACCCACUGUAUUGCCUGGAUAACAACCACACCCAUCUCCUGCUGGUGGACAACGGCACCCACGGGCACCCGACCACGGAGGCCAAAGUACGGACCCAGCUGGAGAAGUACAUUUCGGAGCGGGUUAUCCCAGAAUCUAAUUAUGGUGGGAAGAUUCCAAUUGUGUGUUUUGCCCAAGGUGGAGGGAAAGAGACUUUGAAAUCCAUCAACGUGGCCAUCAAGAGUAAGAUUCCCUGUGUGGUGGUGGAAGGCUCUGGCCGGAUCGCGGAUGUCAUUGCGAGCCUGGUGGAGGCAGAGGGCACUCCUGCUUCCUCCUGUGUCAAGGAGAGCUUGCUCAGGUUCCUGCCCCGCACCAUCUCCAGGCUCUCGGAAGAGGAGACUGAAAGCUGGAUCAAGUGGAUCAAAGAAGUCCUUGAGAACCCUCAUUUACUGACAGUGAUCAAAAUAGAAGAAGCUGGAGAUGAAAUUGUGAGCAAUGCCAUUUCCUUUGCUCUGUACAAAGCUUUCAGCACCAACGAACACGACAGGGAUAACUGGAAUGGGCAGCUGAAGCUGCUGCUGGAGUGGAACCAGCUGGACCUGGCCAGCGAUGAGAUCUUCACCAAUGACCGGAACUGGGAGUCUGCUGACUUACAGGACGUGAUGUUCACAGCCCUAGUGAAGGACAGGCCCAAAUUUGUCCGGCUGUUCCUGGAAAACGGCUUGAACCUGCGCAAGUUCCUCACCACAGAGGUCCUGAGAGAGCUGUACACCAACAACUUCAGCAGCCUGGUGUUCAAGAACCUGCAGAUCGCCAAGAACUCCUACAACGAUGCCCUCCUCACCUUCGUGUGGAAGAUGGUUGAGGACUUCCGAAGAGGGGUCAAGAGGGAUUACAAAAACAGCAAGGAUGAGAUGGAGAUACACCUCUCAGAGGAGUGUCCUAUCACAAGGCACCCACUACAAGCUCUGUUUAUUUGGUCAGUUCUUCAGAACAAGAAAGAGUUGUCUAAAGUCAUUUGGGAGCAAACCAGAGGCUGCACUUUGGCAGCCCUUGGGGCCAGCAAGCUCCUGAAAAGCUUGGCCAAGGUGAAGAAUGAUAUAAAUGCUGCUGGUGAGUCUGAGGAACUUGCUAAUGAGUAUGAGACAAGAGCAGUGGAGCUGUUCACCGAGUGCUACAGCAGCGACGAAGAUCUGGCUGAGCAGCUGCUGACUUAUUCCUGUGAAGCCUGGGGAGAGAGCAACUGUCUGGAACUGGCAGUGGAAGCCAGAGACCAACAGUUCAUUGCCCAGCCAGGUGUGCAGAACUUCCUUUCCAAGCAGUGGUACGGAGAGAUUUCAAGAGACACUAAGAACUGGAAGAUCAUACUGUGCCUGUUCUUUUUCCCUUUAAUAGGCUGUGGUUUCAUCUCAUUCAGAAAAAAGCCUGUGGAGAGGAGUAAGAAACUCUUCUUGUAUUACGUGUCUUUCUUCACCUCCCCCUUCGUGGUCUUCUCCUGGAAUGUCAUCUUCUACAUCGCUUUCCUGUUGCUCUUCGCCUACGUGUUGCUUAUGGAUUUCCAGAAGGAGCCCACUGCCCUGGAGAUCAUCCUUUACGUGCUGGUCUUCAUUCUGCUUUGUGAUGAAGUGAGACAAUGGUACAUGAAUGGCAGUAAGUAUUUCUCAGAUCCGUGGAAUGUUAUGGAUACACUGGCAAUCUUCUACUUCAUAGCAGGGAUUGUGUUCAGGCUUCACUCUGAUGAAAGCUCUUGGUAUUCCGGGAGAGUCAUUUUCUGUUUGGACUACAUAGUUUUUACUCUGAGGCUGAUCCAUAUUUUCACAGUUAGCAGGAAUCUAGGACCCAAAAUUAUUAUGCUGCAGAGGAUGAUGAUAGACGUCUUCUUCUUCCUCUUCCUCUUUGCUGUGUGGAUGGUGGCCUUUGGAGUGGCCAGGCAGGGCAUCCUGAGGAAGAACGAGCACCGCUGGGAGUGGAUCUUCCGAUCGGUCAUCUACGAGCCCUACCUGGCCAUGUUUGGCCAGUACCCUGAUGAUGUGGAUGGUACCACCUACAACUUUGACCGCUGCACCUUUUCUGGGAACGAGUCCAAGCCCCUGUGUGUGGAGCUGGAUGCCAACAACCAGCCCCGCUUUCCCGAGUGGAUCACCAUUCCCCUUGUCUGCAUUUACAUGCUCUCAACCAACAUCCUCCUCGUGAACCUGCUCGUGGCCAUGUUCGGCAGCCUGAUGGAAGCUGGUGCAGUGUCCUGGGGAGGGAUUGCUGCCUGUCCUGUGCACAGUGACUUGGUACAAACCCCUGUGGUUUACACAGAGGAGAACAACGACCAGGUGUGGAAGUUCCAGCGUUACUUCCUGGUCCAGGAAUACUGCAGUCGCCUGACUAUCCCCUUCCCUUUUGUCAUCUUUGCCUACAUGUUCAUGGUGAUGAGGAAAUGUUUCAAGUGCUGCUGUAAGAAGGAAAGCAAAGAGCCAUCCAUUUGUUGCUCAAGAAAUGAGGACAAUGAAAUUCUGGCAUGGGAAGCUGUCAUGAAGGAGAAUUACCUUGUCAAAAUCAAUACCAAAGCAAAUGAUUCAUCAGAAGAGAUGGUGCAUCGAUUUAGACAACUGGAUGCAAAGCUCUCUGAUUUGAAAGGCCUUCUGAAAGAGAUUUCUAGCAAAAUCAAAUGAAUGCAGCUGAAAUCCAAGAGCAGCUACCUGAGCAGAGUACCAGUUCCUGAAGAGUGAUUUCUCUGAGCUGGCAGUAACCACCAAGCAGGAGGGAACUGCUCUACCAGAGCGGCAGUGUCUUGGCAGGAGUCACUACGAUUGUCUUGCUAUUUUUACUUUUUUUGACAAAACAGCCCUCUGUGCUUGUUGCAAGAGAUAUGCAAGUAAAGACAGACUGGAAAAAGAACUUCUGCAAGUAGAUAGGAUCCAUCUCUUCAACUGACAAGUACGCAAUCAGCAUUGGACAUUCAAGGUUGGGAAAUAAUUCAUUGAAGAUGAAAAGGAUACAUCAUACAAAGGAUUUUUAUGGACCAGAAACAAAGGACUUACAUAGCAAGGAGGCAUAGAAAGGUGGGAUUUAACAUGAAUGUGCAAUGACCUUUGAAAAUAUAACAUAUAAUUUUGCUUUUGUAAUUCCGUGGGAAGCAUUUAUGGAGGAUUAUCCCCAAUACUUCUCCAGUGCUGUCAAUAAAAAGAAAAGCUGCUGAACAUUGAUCAACUUGUGUGUCGAGUGAGCUUCUCUAA